GAUCUCCUGACCUCAUGAUCCACCCGCCUCGGCCUCCCAAAGUGCUGGGAUUACAGGUGUGAACCACCUCACCCGGCCACUUGGGGUGAUCUUAAAUGCACGGUCCCUAUUCCCAAAAGCCUUCCUAGGCUUCAGAGAAUAAUCCUCUCACCUGCUGACUCCACCUGCUGGGGACACAGUCCCUGGAAGGGUCAGGUAGAAUGAUAAUUCCAACCUGUAGCUAACAAUUUUAUACUUCAUCUUUUAUUUCCCAUCCAUUAUUCUAUUUGAUCCUUAUACCAGCCGUGUGAAAGAAGGGAACAAGUUAUCACUUAUUCUACAGGCAAGGAAACUGAUGCCCAGACAGGUUAGGUAGGGUCUCCAGGAUUAUAGGAAGAGGUAGAUGCUAGGCUUGAGUCCAGCGUUAGAAAUCUCCAGAGCUAGGGUGUUUUCUAAUAAGCCCCUUUGUUAGACCUGUUCUGGGGGCUGAGAACUAGUGAGGCUUAGUAGGAUUUUGUAUUUUCUUUCAUUCUGACUCAGCACAUUUAGAGGGGAGAUGGGAGUGGAGACAUUAAGAAGAAAAAGGUAAUUCCAGAGACCUAAGCGGGGAGGGAUCAGCAGAGGAAAGGCCAGAUGAUGAUGCUGGAAGCCUCUGAGGAAGAGUGGAGGAAAGAAGCCAGAGAGAAAAGACUACUGCUGAAUUGUCCAUGGGGCCCACUGAGACUCAAAGCUAAGGUGGGAAGGGCUUCUAGAUACUAGAAGCCCUUCUAGAAAGAUACUUUGCAGAUGUUCCCUAGGAGCCUUGGGAAAAAUGCCUCCCUUCCUCAACAAAGCAGGCGGGGCCUGCUCAGUUGCCCUGGUAGUCACCACAUUGUGAGGUGGUUCCAGUUACAGGCAGAGGGGUCCAAGUGGGAAGAGACAGAAGUGGUAGGAGCAGUGGGCUCUGCCUGUCCCCACCCCAACCUGGGGCCUCACACCAUCCCACGAUCAUGAGUAGUGCCUACCACUGGGAGGCCCGGCGCCGGCAGAUGGCUUUGGACCGAAGGAGGUGGCUGAUGGCCCAGCAGCAGCAGGAGCUACAGCAGAAAGAACAGGAACUGAAGAAACACCAGGAGGAAGAAAAACAAUCAGAGAAAAAAAUCGAGCCACCUAAGAAGUUAAAUGUGACACGACCACCAGAGGUGAAAUUGUGGACCUCAUGGAAGCCACCACAUUCGCAGCUAUCAGUGCAGCCACCACCGCAGCCACCACCGCAGCCACCACCACAGCUGUCAUCACCAGCACAGGCACAGGCUCAGGCGCAGCCAUGGCCACAGCAACCACAACCACAGCCACCACCUCAGCCAACACAACCAGAUGCUCAAGCCCCUCGUACUCAGCCCACCCCCAAAUGCAGUCUCCAGAAUGAUUCCCAAAGGCCAGGUCUCACGAACCCAUGCCAAUCUAGCCCCACCAAAAACACUCAAUAUUCACAACUCAAGUCUACCGACUACAUACAGCAGUGGUGAUCCAGAGAUUGAACACAAGACCUCAGUGGCCAUCCCCAAAAAGCAGAUGAGCGACCACAUCUUCUCAGCAUCCAGCAACAUCUCCACUCCAAAAGCCACCCACUCGAAGAGGAGGCUGCCAGGAAUAAAAUGUAAUUUUUUUUUCCUGGAAGGAA